CGCACGGCGCACGCUCAUAUCCUCUGGCAUCUCGUGCCUCGUUUGUCUCCUGUUUUUUCUUCCUUUUCUUCUCCUCUGCCGUGCAUCCGCCCGUUUCCCUCUCCUUCCCCUUCACUCCAUCUUUGCCCUCACAUUUCAAGCCCAAACCGCCUUCGCCUCCGUCACAGUGCCGCGAAAACUGAACGACUGGUCUGUGCCGUGCUUUCAGGGCCGGUGUGCUUAUGAUCUUCCGGGGCUGAUGCGGAUAAUUCGAUUUCGGCUUCGGGUGCAAGUGGCGGGAGCGGGAGUUUGCAGAUCUGGGGCUCCACGACUGAUAUGACCCAUAUAUUGGAUAUAGCGCCCUCCGCGGGCUGGAUUGAGCUUUCCUGCAACGCCUCUUCGACCGCCAUAUCUGCUUCCGCUUCAACCAACGCCUACGCCACAUCCAACCCAACGACACAGGUAGACGUGAGGCUCGCGUGUUCGAGCGCGGAUAUGACGGCCGCGGGGUGUGAUCAUCUCUUCACGAACGGAGCGGAGGGGACGUUAGUGAGGAUGCCGCCUGCGGGACAACAGAACUGCACCGACGCGCCGUUCCUCCGCGUCACGAAAGCUUGGGUGUCGGAGGACCAGACGAUUCCGAGUAAUGUGAAGAGGUCGAUUGAUAGCCGUGCAAGUGGAUGGAGUGCGGAUGCGGAUGCGAACGUUACGGUCCAUGCGUUGACGCUGGAUACGAAUUUCGCAGCGAUGGAUGCGGGGAAACACGGAAACGUAUCGUUCUCGAUCCAUGCGGGCAGCGUCGUGCCUAUGGCUCGUCGCGACGACCCGACAACCAUAUCGCUGCAAUCCCCCACACCCAUCACAGUCUCUAAUGCCCUCUACACCCUCCUCUCCACGCACAUUCCCCGCUCCGCUUCCACUUGUGCUACCUCGCCCACGGUUAGCUUUGGCCCGGCGAUAGUACAGGCGGGUGUAGAUGUGAGUAUGGGCGUUAAGUUGGAUGCGCAGGUACAGGUGGGCAUUGCAAUUGUGGGGCAAAUCGUUCCACCAGAGAUUAGUAGUCUGGGGGUCACGGCCGACCUCAACGCCUCCAUGAGUGGCACCCUCUUCCUCACCGUAUCCGCAACGGGCACGGUUGACUCUGGCCCCCUCACCCUCUUCGAACUCGGCGUCUGCGUUCAGCUCGCGGAUAUGGACGUACCAUGCUUGGCAGACGGCGGAUACGGAGCUGAGGAGAGCGAGGCAGAACCAUGAUCGGAAACGAGCGCGAGGUCGUGUUCCGACAGAUAGGAUGGGACACUCGAUGAGCCAGAUCGCUGAUGUCGAACGCAAAGCGCUCGAAUCCAAAAACAAAUUCAAGCACGUCUCAAAGCUCGUCAAGGCAAAGGUGAGACAGUUCGAGACAGAACCAAUCGAGGAUUUCAAGCUGGCCAUGGAAAGGUUCUUGGACGGGAUGAUUGAGCGGCAGAAGGAUGUUCGUUGCUGUUUUUCUCCAUUGUCUUUUCUUUCUUUGCCUUCCCUUGCCUUCCCUUUCUCCUCUACCACCUAUCGCCAUCUUCACCGCGUCUUAUAUUAAAUUUCUUUUAUCUUUCGGCGCACUUCGUGCGCUGUUCCUUGACGUCGUCUGCCAUGUUCAUUCAUCAUUUGCCAGCUCAUCGCAGCGAGAGAACAGUUCCAGCAUGUGAUACUGCAGAGGGUGUCCAGUGCGGGGCACCAGCAGACGAAUGGGUCGUCCGCGUUGGGAGUCGUAUGUUAGGCUCACAAGGGAGGAGGAUGUGGAUAUGGAGGAGGCUGGCCAUAGGCGCGGCGGUUCGCCCAAACGUCCGAAAUCUUUCUUGUACCCAAGUGUCUCUCCUAGUAUUUAUCCUUUUGUUCCGACCUCUGUUGUGGGCACCCAGUCUCGUGCGUUCACUUUACUUAUAC